GGCUCUCCCCCCUCAUUCCUUCACCACUCUUGAGCUCCAGACCUCCUCAGAGUACAUCUGAGGCACAUCAGGACACUAGAGGCCCAGCAGAUGUGGAUUCGUCUCUACACGACUCCUGAGCUUUUACAUGUGGGCAGCCACUGCCUGAAGCGACAGAUCUGGUACGUUGAUCAGAUCUAGAUAGGAUCUAGAUCUUUAGACCUGCAGAAAGGGACUUCGGCAGGACUUCUGGAGUCUCCACCUGAAGAAAUCCUGGAGUAUGAGGGUAAGCCGGGUGCUGCAGCUGUCCGUUUUGCUGUUGGGACUCUGUCAGGCCCACCGUGCCCCUCCGCCAGGCGAUCCCUCCACAUCACAGGAGGCAGGUGAGGUCCCCGUGUCCCUGCUGAGGAUGCUCUCGCUGGGCCUGGCUCACCUGCUGCAGGGGGCGGAGGAGAACGCAGAGCGGCUGGAGCAGCAGGGAGAGCAGGUGGCAGCAGAGCUGGACGGGGCCACAAAGAGUCUGGAGAGCCUUCGUAAGCAGAGUUUACGGGCAGGACGGACUCACAGGCAAGUGAGGAAGGACCUGCAGAUACUGAGUGCCAGGGGGGACAGGCUGUGGAGGACGGUCAGAGAUCUGCAGAAGGGGCUGGAGGAUCUGGAGGCGGAGCAGGGAGCCUUGCAGCACCGGAUGAACCGGAUCCUCCAGAGAGAGAAGAGCCUGACCGAGCCGAGGUCAGGGGGUCAAACUCAGCUCGACAUCAGCUCCAUGAAGGUUAUAAUUGAUAAACAGGCCCGGCGGCUCGCCAGUCUGACCGCAGAGGUUUCAGCCCGAGACAGAAUGAUUGACAGAGGCCUGCAGCACAUUGAGCACCUGGAGAAACAGGUGUCUGACAGCCUCCCAGCGGCACUGAGGGCAGAUUCCGACUCCGACUGUGUCUGAUGAGCACAGCUGCAUCAACACAGCGACUCUCAACAACUGUGUGUCUAAUUUACAUCAAAUUUGGGUUACUUUCAACAACAAAAAAGUAUUAUAGACUGUGUUUCAAACUUUUGUCAAUGUGUGUUGUCCUCUGUUUAAAAAUGGUUCAAAAACAAAACUUUACUCCUG